AUGUCUGCCAUUUUUAACUUUCAGAGCCUACUGACAGUAAUCUUGUUGCCUAUAGUUGCCUAUGCAUAUAUCCGAUCCUUGACUCCUAACCUCUUGGACAAAAAUAAAACUGGAUUGUUGGGCAUAUUUUGGAAGUGUGCCAGAAUCGGUGAAUGAAAGAGUCCUAAUGUAGCAGUAUGCUGUAUAGUAGUGGCUUUCAGCAUCUUGUUCAUCUAG